UAUUCCACGACGCGUUAGGCGAUUCUUCGGAAGGAAAAGAUGCACAAGGAGCAGUUGGAUUAUCCUGCUUUUCCGCUCUCCCUGCUGGACGACAGCGAUUACCAUCCUCAAAUAUGUUACCUGCCUGCGGGGGAGGAUGCUUUCCAGUCAGGUUGGUGCCGCUGCAGCCUAUCCGAUGGUGGUUUUGCCGUUUGCCGGGUCAGCUCACGUGCCGGCAGUGAGACUUGUUGCUUUAUGGAUGGAACUGUGGCUUCCUCUGGACUAUCACUUGCCAAUCAGCACUUGUUGGGCUUAAAACCUUUAAAGUUUGCUGGCAGUGUGGAUCAGCUCACCUGCUUGGUCACCAUUACGGAGGAGCUGUUUAUGCGACCUCUGGUUUCGCUGGAGGAGAUUCAGGACGAUUUGCGCGUCUUCCUGCGGCAUUUGAAACUUCUCAAAGGUUGUUCCGUGCAGCACCGCCGUCUUAGUAAGCUGGGAAUUGCCAGUGUGGAAAUAGUGGAUGCUCCAGGUGUAGACCAGGAUGAUUGCUUUGAAGUGUCAAGGACGUGUCAGCUCCAAGUGGUGGACACGCGACUCAGGAUACCGUAUCCAUUGGUUUCCGCAUCCAGGUACCUGACACAUGGAUUUGAAGAGCAUCUAGACUCCUUGAUCCAGCUGGUGAACACCUCAGAGAGCUGUUUCCUGCCCAGGUUUCCUGCAACUUGCUUGGUAGUGGGACCUGUGGGUUGUGGCAAGAGUAGACUCCUUGGUGAGUUCCUCAAGCGGAAGUUCUGCAAUGGCUUCUAUAUCACAGCCAGUCAGGUUCUGCGUUCCUAUCCCGGAGAAACUGAAGAGGAGCUAAGACGAAUCUUCAGAGCAGCGGAAACAUUUAAGAAGCAAUUGCGUCCAUUAGCACCGAUUGUAAUAUUCAUAGAGGAUAUUGAGUUGUUAUGUCCGGCAUCGAACUCUUCGGAUGCCAAAAACUCAGGCAACUCCCUCCGCAUAUCCGCGCAACUUUACAAGCUAAUUGAUUUACUGCCACAGGGAAUCUUCUGCAUGGCAACGUCGAGUUCGCCCGACUCCUUGCACGAGCACGCCCGCAGACGUUUCAUUCGAGAGAUAGCCAUUAAUAUGCCAAACGAGGAGCAGCGCAAGUUACUUGUGAGAGAUCUCUGCCAGGAGCAGGAACUGCAUCUUUCGGAGGGUCUUCUAGAGCACAUAGCUCGGAAUACGCAGGGCUAUGUAAUGGCAGAUUUCAUGCUCCUUCUGAGGCGUGUGCAACAGAAAUCUCUGACCAAAGAAGACUCCGAUGUUGAGAGCAUUUUCAGGGAAUCACUGCUUAGCACUCAACCGAGUGCUUCGCGUUCUACGGACGUUCGAGUGUCAAAAAUGACGGACGGUUUUGAGAUUAUUGGCGGAAUGGAAUCGCUAAAGCGCACCCUGCAAGUGUCGGUUUUGGCUGGACUGCAACAGAGUGCAUCCUUUGCCCGCUUUGGAUUGUCUCUCCCGAAAGGAGUCCUGCUUUAUGGGCCACCCGGCUGUGCCAAGACCACUGUUGCCAAGUGCCUGGCCAAGGAAGCCAGUAUGACUUUUAUUGCCACGUCGGCGGCAGAGGUUUACUCACCCUAUGUUGGCUGUGCUGAGAGAUUCAUUACCAGAAUUUUUGACACGGCUCGGAAAAACGCACCUUGUUUGAUUUUUCUGGACGAGAUUGAUUCCCUUGUUGGCAAGAGAACUGUUUCGAGUGGCCGCGGUGGUGGUCAAGUCCAGCUAAGGAUUCUGUCAACGCUACUCACCGAAAUGGAUGGCAUCGUGGCGGGCGGCAGUCAGCAGCAUAUACUGGUCGUAGCGGCCACUAAUCGUCCGGAUAUGAUCGACGAUGCCCUGAUGCGUCCCGGUCGAUUUGAUAAACUUAUUCAUGUGCCAGCCCCUGAUACGGAAUCCCGACUGGCGUUGCUACAGCUCCAUGCCCAGCGAAUGCCUUUUCAUGAAAAUGUUAAUCUGGAGGAGAUUUCCUUGGUAACACAGCGCUAUUCCGGAGCGGAUCUGUGCAAUCUGUGCAAUGAGGCGGCUAUCGAGGCAUUCCAGCGGAAUUUUGAGGCCACAGAAAUAGAGAUUCAGGACUUUAAGAAGGUCCUGGCCAAGCAGAAGUCCUCGCUUACACAGAGCCAGAUAGAUGGCUAUUACAAGUUUGCCCAUAGGUUUUUAUAGAAAUAAUGUAUAUUUAUUUUAUAAGUUAAGUUUUUUGAAAAACUAAAAAUUAUAUUAAGCAGAAAUAGUUGUUUGAAAUAAAUAAGAAAGCGACAUAUUUUUACGUCU